UUACCGCCUUACUAGUCUUCCUCCAGCUUGACCUUGUUGCGAACCGUUCCGUCGACUUGUUUCUUUGUGAGGAGCUGUGAGCAGUCAGCGAAAAGCCCGACACGGGGGGAGAGGGAACAUUUUGUGAGGAGAGAAAGUGACUUUUAGCAGAGCUGCAUGGCUGACUCUCACUUUGUUCAGCUUUAACAUGACAAUCCUAGCAGCGGUAUUAAGGCUCUAUUUUUGCUGUCGAGGGCACUCUCUGCAGACGGAGCCAAAAUGAGCAGUGUCGGGCAGUUUUAACAAAAGGAGUCAUCGGAGAAAAAUGUGGAUGUGUUCAGCCUCGCUCUCCUUGCACUGGUCGCCUAGAGGACUCAUAGAGAGAUGAAGACUCUGGAGGAGCCCCCCUACCUGACAGUAGGGACGGACGUGAGCGCCAAGUACCGAGGGGCUUUCUGCGAGGCCAAGAUUAAGACUGCCAAGAGGCUCGUCAAGGCCAAAGUGACCUUUAAACCAGACCUGUCCACGGCCGAGGUUCAUGAUGAAAACAUCAAGGGACCUUUAAAGGUGGGUGCUGUGGUGGAGGUAAAGAACCAGGACGGGGUCUACCAGGAGGCUACCAUCAAUAAGCUGACCGACGCUAGUAUCUAUACUGUUGUGUUUGACGAUGGUGAUGAGAAGACCCUGAGGCGUUCGUCUCUCUGCCUGAAAGGAGCGCGUCACUUUGCAGAGAGCGAGACUCUCGACAGACUCCCUCUCACCAACCCCGAGCACUUUGGCACACCCGUCAUCGGCAAGAAGGGCAACCGCGGCCGACGAUCAAACCCAGUUCAGGAAGAAGAGCUGUCGUCAUCCUCCAGCGAGGAGGAGGAGAGCGAUCAGCGGCAGAACGAGGACCUGUUCGGUAAAGUGGUCUGUGUGGAGGGGGUCGUCACCGGGGACAAGAAGAAGACCACGUGGUAUCCUGCUCUGGUCAUCUCUCCAGACUGUCAUGAAGAAGUGACGAUGAAGAAGGACACCGUGUUGGUCCGCUCCUUCAAGGAUGGGAAAUUUUCCACGGUGCUGAGGAAAGACGUCCGGGAGAUUAACAGUGACUGUCCUCCAAAAGGAGACGCGGGGCUCAGACCAGCGCUGGACGCAGCCUUGGAGUUCUUGCAGCACUUUGUGGUUCCGAGCGCCUGGAAAACGGAAGUGAAAGAAGAGAGCUCCAGUAGUGAGGAUGAUGAUGAGGAAGAGGAGGAGGAGCAGGAAGAAGAUGCCAGCGGCGAGGAGGAAGAGGAGGAGGUGGAGCCGUUCCCAGAGGAGAGGGAGAACUUCCUACAGCAGCUCUACAAGUUCAUGGAAGACCGCGGGACCCCCAUCAACAAGCGGCCUGUUCUGGGCUACAGGAACCUGAACCUCUUCAAGCUCUACAGGCUGGUCCACAAACUGGGAGGCUUUGACAAUAUUGAAAGCGGCUCCGUUUGGAAGCAGGUCUACCAGGAUCUGGGAAUCCCCAUCCUGAACUCAGCUGCCGGCUACAACGUCAAAUGUGCUUAUCGCAAGUACUUGUACGGAUUCGAGGAGUACUGCACAUCCACUGCCAUCACCUUCAGGAUGGACCUCCCUCUGAAACAGGCUCCAAAGGGGGAGGUGAAGUCUGAGGGGGAGGCAGGAGGAGCAGCUGCAACAUCCUCCACCUCUGAAGAGCAGAAACCUCAAGAAGAACUAGAGAUGUGUAGUCCACCAUCUGUGGUCUGCAAGGAAGAGAAACCUGAUGUGAGCCGAACCAAACCGGAGUCUGAACCAUCGCAGAAGGAGGAGAAGGAGAGCGGAAACGAAGAGGAUGAUGAGGAUGACUCCCAGCUGAAGGGCGACGCAGACGAGGGAUCAUCGACUGAUCGCCUCGGCACGGAGAAUGUGAAACCGGAGGGCGAGGUGGAGCCGGAGAGCAAGGACAACUCUGGGGAUGACAGCAGUCAGGAAGGUCAGGAAGGGGAGGAGUUUGAGUGUUACCCCCCGGGGAUGAAGGUGCAGGUGAGGUACGGCCGAGGCCGCAAUCUGAAGACGUACGAGGCCACUGUGAAAGAGGCAGACGUGGAGGGGGGAGAGGUGCUCUACCUGGUGCACUACUGUGGCUGGAACGUCAGAUACGAUGAAUGGAUCAAAGCGGACAAGAUUGUGCGCCCGGCCAAUAAGAACGUACCAAAAAUAAAGCACCGCAAAAAAAUAAAGAACAAAGCGGAGAGGGAGCGAGAGCGGCUGGAAAGGCUCAAUGACAGAGACGUCCUUGGACCGGCGAACCGGCUCCCACGCUCCAAAUGUGGCCUGAGUCAGGAUGUGUUUUCCAAGAUGGACGAGGGUGAGGACAAAGGGACUCAGCAGUCUCCAGUCAAGUCUAUAGAAAUUACUUCUAUCCUCAAUGGCCUGCAAGCCUCUGAGAUGUCCACAGAUGAGAGCGAGCGUGAGGAUGAGGAGGGGGACCAGAAUGAAGACGACCGUCCGGGUUGCAGAAGUAAUCUUAGGAAAGGCCCUCCAGAGUCCCCACAGACCUCAGAGUGCUGGGAGAGCAGGACCGCCCCUGAAGGAUCCAAACCUCCUUCAGUCUCAGCAAAGAACCACGACACAGUCGCAGCAGAGAGCGCAGAUGGCGGGAAGAGACGGAGCCAACCGGAGGGAGAGGGAGAGGGCAACAGCAGGAAGAGGAAGUCUGACACGGCAGCAGAGCGGCCUGCUAAAGGACAAUCGAAGACCAAGACCAGGAGCACGAGGAGCGCCGACUGGCUGCCUACAGGAUCUCCCAGGAAACUGGAGGGAGAGAGAGUGGCUCCUCCUGGAGAGGAAAGUAGCAGCUCAGAUGAUGAAGGAGCAGCAGGGAACAAGUCCCAGACUGGGGAGGGCGAGCGAGGACGGCCAAAAACCAAAGGGGCUUCUUCAAAGAAGUACAACGGGAUGAAGGAGAAGACCAAAGGGGGCCGACAGGCGGGAUUCUGGGAGAUUCCUGAGAAAAGAGCCAAAACGUCAGGGCCCACAGAGGAGAGGCCGGCUGUCCGGUCUAAGGGCCAGAAAGACGUGUGGUCCAGCAUCCAGGCUCAGUGGCCCAAGAAGACGCUCAAAGAGCUGUUCUCAGACUCGGACACGGAGGCUAACUCCCCGCCUCCGCCUGUCUCCUCGUGUCUAGAAGACCAGAGCGGCGAGCAGGACGUCGGCCCGGAGGACGAGGCCUCGGAGGAGCAGAUGGAGAACGAUAAACUCCAGGAGUUUCCGAGCAGCGGCAGCAACUCUGUACUCAACACGCCACCGACGACGCCAGAGUCGCCUUCAGGAGGAGGCAGUGCCAUGGAGGACUCUGGUCAGCCUCAACCUUCUUCCCCGCCGCCGUCACUCCCCGCCACCUUGCCUUCAGAGCCACUUUCAGAUGCUCUUCCCCCAGGACCCACGCAGGACGAAGCAGCAGGCGGGCGCAGCGAGACGGACAGCAGCACGGUGGAGGUGGAGAGUCUAGGCGGGGAGCUGCAGGACCUCCCCCAGGACGAGGGGGCCGGAUCCCCCUCUAAGGUGUUUGACGUCAGCCUGUCGUGUAACAGCAGCAGCAGCUGCAGCCUGGAGCUGAGCAGCAGCAGCCAGCAGGACAGCGAGCAGAAGUCCAAAGCGUCUGUGAGUCAGAAGCGUCAGAAAGAGUCCCAGACAGGUGCAGCCUCAAAGAAACACAAGCCAAACCGCAAGAACCUAGGUGUGCCUCCCAAAAAGAACAGGAAAACAGCCAACAGCAGCGACAGCGAGGAUCAAUCUGUUGUUGAGGGCUCGGCCAAACAGACCGCCUCUAAGAACAACACGCCAGACAUGAAGGCCGCCGUUUCGCCCAAAUGCCAUGGACGGUCUCCUCCUUCGAGCCAUAAAUACCACAGACAGAGUGACGGCGAGCACAUGCAGCACCGAGACAGCCACGGAAGAUCUCCACGAGUUUACAAGUGGAGCUUCCAGAUGUCUGACCUGGAGAAGAUGAGCAGCCUGGAGAGGAUCUCGUUUCUUCAGGAGAAGCUUCAGGACAUCAGGAACCACUACCUCUCCCUCAAGUCUGAGGUGGCCUCAAUCGACAGGCGGCGAAAACGCAUGAAGAAGAAGGAACGGGAAAGUACUGUAGCUGCCUCCUCCUCCUCGUCCUCCUCGUCCUCCUCGCCGUCCUCCAGCUCACUGACUGCAGCCGUCAUGCUGACGCUGGCCGACCCCCCGGUGUCAUCCUCCUCCUCGUCUCAGAACUCUGGGGUUUCCGUGGAGUGCAGGUGACAGGAUGAAGCAGCGACAACCACACCGCACUAAGCACUUAACCAGCACCCCGGGGUCCCGCCCCCUCUCCCCUUCGACCAGACGGACGAGUCGACCUGCAGACUGUAACUACUGGGGCACAAAAUCCAGACCAGAGACAAAAAACAAGAAACAAGCACUAUUUUCUAUCGACAACUGUUUCCUCGGCAAGCUAACGGCACUUAAGUGCACUUUUCUGAAGAUUGUAGGGGAUGAAAUUUGUUAAAAAAACAUCAAAUUUGUCUUUAGCGCUUCUCUUAAUUCAACAUUUCUAAGAAUUGUGUUUUUUUGAGCAAUAAUUGUUUCCAUUUGAUAAAGUAGUUCUGCUGAGGGAUGAUUCUAGUCUGUGUGCUCAGCGCGGUGCAGUCGGAGCUCGCCGUGUCACCAUGAGGCGUUUAGAGGAGCACUGCCUCCUUGGCGUUCAGGACGUAGGAAAUGUAAUUGUGCCACGUUUCUCUGUCCUCUCAGUAAACAUUAGAGAUGUUCUGAUGCUGAAACAUGACAGAGAACAGUUUCCCUCCAGGUCAUCAGCUGUUCUAGUCUGCUGUCAGAUCAGUUUCCUCCGUUUAGGAGCUCAGUAUCAGAACAUCUCUACUCCAAAAGCCUUCACGUUGUUGACCACACCCUCUACAGGUGUGUUACUGUACACACUGAGUCAUACAGGUGUUGGUGGGCGGGGUUUACACCAUCCUAUUGCCUCGGUGGAUGAACGUGGAAUGACACUGCAGUGCCUUUUUGUUCCCACGGGGCACUUUGAGGACGGACGGCACUUUUUAUUCCUGAUCCUCGUCUUCAAUCAGAGGCUUGGCCCGAUUCACAUCGCCUGAGAAAGAAGGACCGAGUGAAGCUGCCAGAGCGAAGACGAGAGGAGGGAGGUUUUUAUCUGUGGGACGGGAAUAUUAAAGACUGGAUCAUCAGAAAUCUAGGCUAACACUUUACGGUAGGGUACAUGAAACAGGCCGAGUUAUGGCUGAGUUAAUGAGGAAUUAACUGGAAAUUAACUACACAAGCAGGCCGAGUUACAGGAGGGUUAAUGAGUAAUUAACUGGUAAUUAACUACACAUAAUCAGAGCAACAGGAUAAUAAAUGAGUUACUGACUGGUUAUUAACUGUUAAUUGACUAGACUUAACAGAGUAACAGGAUAAUUAUUUAGUAAUUAACUGGUAAUCAAGAGAACAAGUUUUAAGGAUCUUGACGGUCUGUUUUCUGUGACGUGUCUUUUCUGAGCUCCUAUUGGACAAAGUCACACGUGUGUUGAAUCAGGCUCUGUUCCAACAACGGCGUUUUAGCACUGCGGCGCCUCUGAGCUGCCAGUCCUCAUUGCUGCGUUGCAAUCAAAGAUUUUCACUCAUUGAUCACCUUGUAGCUCCGCCUCUUUCAUUGUACUGUAAAGUGUUGAUCUACUACUGAAUGCUCCUGCAGCCUGGGUAUAACUGUUGAGUCUGACAUUGAAAAUGUGCAAUGAUGGAGGUCAUCACUUCAGUUCAUCGGCCUUUUUAAACUCGCCUGCUUUAUUUUGAUCACAUUUACAUCUGCAGCCAUAUAAAGAGGUUUUUACAGCAGACGGAGGCUGAAUCAACCUUUGCAGUGUUUCCAACAUGAAGUUAUUCCAUGAAUUAUGUCUCUAUAGUUUUGCUUUGUUAUGUAAUGAAAGCAGCUGACUUGUUUUCAUUUCCCAUCCCUACCAAAUCAAAGUUGUGUUUCAUGUUCUCUGACCAGACUGGAGGUGGCGCUAUUGUAAAUGUGACGUAUGCGUGUACAUUUCUGAAGUGUUUAUUUGUAUAGAGCCCUGACUGUACCAUAACCUGAAGUUACAUUUGGUUUGGCACUUGUAUGUAAUUGUAUGCUUUUGUUAUACAUUUGUAUAUUGAGAAGUGUUUUGAGUCGAGCUAUUUAAUAUCUUGCACUGUUAAUAACAUGUACUUUUGUGUACAGACGGUUUUAACUGUAGUUGGAGUGUAAAUACUGAGGGUUACAGCAUGUUUAUUCUCCUUUUUCUCCUCUUUCUGUAGGAACAGCUUUAUUUGACUUCAUUUAUCUGCGUUUUGUUCAUACGACCUUUUCUUUCUCCCUUUUUUAUUUGGCUUUGUUUUUUAGAGCUUGUGCGUGUCAGAGAAGAGCGGAGGUUUUUGGAUGCUGGCCUGAAGUUACCGCUGUAUGAAAACGUUUUAUGGGUCAUAGAUGAAGAGAAAGUUAAGGAGCUUACAGAGAAAUGCUCGAUAGUAUUUAUUAGGCUCAUCUGAUGAUGGUCGAUGUGUAAUUUAUUGUAAAAAUGUAAGCAAAGCAGAAGCCUCUGUUUGAAAUAAAUGCCAUAGUUUGUGAA